AUGCUCGGCAGCCUUCCAACAAUCCAGCCGGACAACUCCGAGCACGGGUUUCCCACCCUGUUCGAAUUCGCCCGGUUAGCUCAAUCGGUAGAGCGUGAGACUCUUACGAGUACACGAAAUCUCAAGGUUGCGGGUUCGACCCCCGCAUCGGGCUUUUCCUAUAAAACAUGA